UUUAUCCGGGACGAGGAAAUAUAAAACAAUAAAAAUAAUUACAUCGAGAACCCCAAUAAUCAGUGAAAUGUUGCAGAAAGACCCCAUAAACUUUCCGCCUUCUCCUUUCCCUUCCACUUCCAUUCUUCAGACCAUUUCCAUGGCAGCAGUCCCGAGAGAGAACGAGACAUACAGAGAAACAAUGUCGAGCUUGGAAUGGAGCAAAUCAAGGAAGAAGAUGAUCGAAGAACAGGCAAAUGCCGAAUUAGAAUCUCUCCAACUUCUCUACCCUAAUCGUUUCGAAUACCUAAAACUCGAGCUUAAAUCCUUCAUCCAUCUUCUUCAAUCGCAAUCGGAAGAGCCUUUUCCUCAGCCGCACACUGUCUUAACCUCCAAAUGCUCGCCAUCGCCGUCGUCUCUCGCUCCUGAUUCGCAAGAAUCGAGUAGUUGUAGAAAGAGGAAGAAGAUGGAGGAAGGAAGAAACGGAUUACAGAGAGAGGUUGGUGAAUCGGAAUCGAAGAUCGAACGGCGGAAGGAUAGAGUAGAUGUGGUUCUGGAAAGAGCCGCCGUUUGUCUCUGCAAGAUUCGACGGUUCAAAACGGCUCUGUUUUCCACCGCCGGUUGACGACGGCCCUCCGUCUUCUUGUCGUCUCGAAGGUGGGGUCGCACCAAUUUACAGUUGACAAACUUUUAAGGGCCUGAAUAAAUCCUAAUCUGACAACCCCAUAGAAUCUAGAUGUGUGCAGUAGCGGUAGUAUUCGAGGGUGGAGCGGGAUAGUGCAUUGGAGAACUGCCUCUCGACGUCUGCAAGAUAUUUCUCCAAUAGUACGAUCUCGUCAUACAACAUAGAUGAUCGAUGAAUGGACUGGUCGUACAAAACAUGGGGAUCAACAGGUUCUGGUUUAAAGCCAUGAUCUAAAAAAAAUAAUUAAAAUAUUUAUUU